AGACUGUCACUUUUAAAGAUGGAUAAAUACUCCCACAAGCUCAAUAUCUUAUGUAUUCCAUCAUACUCUAAACCACCCAGUUCUACAACAAUUCCACGUUCGUUCCUUAAACUCUCACACCGGGUAAUUCUCAUUCGACAGCAAAAAUACCUACCUAUACGACAAUUGAGUGGCUACCUUACCAUCUACUAUCGAUUAAUAUCCAUUCUUUGGCACAUUUCCAAUCGUAAACAUGAACGGAGGUCUUGUUCGACGAGGAGAGCUCCUCCCAUACAAAGGCGACUUUUAUCUUUGGAGAUAUGUGCCUUCUAUACCAGCUGCCGUCAUUUUCAUUAUCGUCUUUCUUGUGCUCUCUGCCGCACAUACAUGGAAGAUGAUUCAGAAUCGUUUGUGGUUUUGCAUCCCCUUUGUGAUUGGUGGUUUUCUCGAAGUCAUUGGUUUCAUCGGUCGAGCCAUGGCCAACAAGGAAACGGAUCAACUUGGGCCUUAUAUCCUCCAGUCCGUGUUUCUGCUUAUCCCGCCUUCCCUGUUCGCCGCCUCAAUCUACAUGACUCUUGGGCGAAUCAUGCGCGGUCUUGGUCCUAAGGCGGAAAGCUGCUCUAUUAUUCGAGUCAAGUGGCUGACGACUUUGUUCGUUGUGGGUGAUAUCUUCUCCUUCUUGGUUCAAAGCUCAGGAGCAGGCAUGAUGGCAGCUGGGGAUGACCCUACAAUGGGAGAGAAUAUCGUUAUUGGCGGUCUUGUUAUUCAAAUCCUCUUCUUUGGUCUCUUCGUUGUCGCAGCAGUUAUUUUCCACCUUCGUUAUCGCAAGAUCGGUAAAAACUGGAGAGCUGUUGUUUCAUCCAACACUGCGUCAGUCUUUGAUUGGGAAAGGAUGUUGAUGAUGCUGUAUGCAACCUCGGCCUUGAUUCUUAUCAGAUGCUUCUUCCGUAUCGUCGAGUACGUCAUGGGUGCUGAUGCUUACCCACUCAAGAACGAAUGGACGUUGUACAUCUUCGACUCUUUACUUAUGGCCGCCGUUAUGGUCAUUUUCUAUAUUUGGUAUCCCUCUCGCGUCCAGGACUUCCAGGAACUUCAGAACAGAGAUAGUGCCGACCUCGCCUAUGUCACAGCUGAAGCGCAGCUCAGCAGGAGCUAGGGAAAUCGACAGUACGAUUGAUAUUUCCUUGGUGUCUUGAGAUUAUAUCUGUACAGGAUGUGUCGAGAGAUGACUACUUGGUCCUCCACUAGCACUCAUCUAUUGCGGUAGAAGAGG